AUGGUGGCAGGCCUCGCGCCGCCUCCCGACGCCAAGCUUCUCGUAGUCGGAGCGAGUGGCGGCACUGGCACGCGCGUGCUCCGCGGCCUCCUUGACGUCGGCUACCAGCCCGCCCAGCUCCGCCUCCUCACCCGCAAUCCCUCGCGAGACAGCCUCAAGCCGCUGAGCGACGCCGGCAUCGAGCUCUUCGCGGCGGACCUCGACGAGCCAGCUUCACUCGUCAGUGCGGCCGACGCCUGCACCGGCUGCUACGUGCACUCGACUGCGGGCGACACGAAGAAGCUCGACGUGGGAGAGGUGCUCCGGGCUCGUCACCUGUCCGCCUCGCUCCAGGGCAGCGGGGUCGCUCAGGUCGUCUUCAACUCGGCCGCGGCGGAGCCCUCCCACGGCGUCAAGCGCAUCGCUCAGAAGCAUGCAGUCUUCCGCGAGUCUGGCCUGCCGGCCACGCACCUGCGCGCGAACCUCUUCAUGGAGGAGCUGUGGAAGUCGUACACGCGCCCGCCCAUCCUGAAGGGCAAGUACCCCUUCUCCCUCCCGCCAGACAGGGACGUCUACCUCACCAGCGUGCGAGACAUGGGACGCCUCGCAGGCUCGCGCCGCCUCCGCCCUCCUCCCAGACAGUUCCCAGACCUGUCUGGGAACUGCCGCGUGAUCAACGUCGCGAGCGAGGUGUCGACGCCGGCGGGGAUGGCGGAGGCGUUCGCGGCGGCGCAGGGCACGCCGUGCGAGCACAAGCAGGCGCGGCUACUGCGCUGGAUCGCGAGGCUCUUCCUGCCCGACCUGUACGAGGUGAUCCAGUUCUACCGCACCAGCACCGAGACCACCGACGUCGCCGCCCUCGAGCGGCAGUUCCCCGGCCUGCUCACGCCCUUUGCAGCCUUCUUGGAGGAGACGCGUUGGGGCGACGCCGAGGCAACGUACGAGGAUUUGGCGGGGGCGGGGAUCGAUUGA